AGUACGCAUGUGAUCUUCAGCGAAGUAGGCGGAAAGGCAAUGGCGAAGAAAAGUUAUGACUACCUUUUCAAAUUGCUCCUUAUAGGAGACUCAGGCGUUGGGAAGACGUGCAUUUUAUUUCGUUUCUCUGACGAUGCAUUUAACACGACGUUUAUCUCGACGAUAGGUAUUGAUUUUAAGAUAAAGACCAUUGAGCUUCAAGGAAAGAAGAUCAAGUUGCAGAUAUGGGAUACAGCUGGCCAGGAGCGUUUCCACACAAUUACUACAUCAUAUUACAGAGGAGCAAUGGGCAUUAUGUUGGUCUAUGAUAUCACUCAGGAGAAAACGUUUGAUAACAUCUCCAAGUGGCUGAGGAAUAUUGAAGAGCAUGCAAAUGAAGAUGUUGAAAAGAUGAUCCUUGGUAACAAGUGUGAUAUGGACGAUAGAAGAGUCGUUACCAAAGAACGUGGAGAACAGAUUGCCAGAGAACAUGGUAUUCGCUUCUUGGAAACAAGUGCCAAAACCAAUGUCAACAUAGAACAGGCAUUCUUCAACCUAGCAGAGGAUAUUCUAAAGAAACAAUUGACCAAAGACAACGAGGAAACUUCCCAAAACAUCCAUGUUAACAAUACACAAGAGAAAAAGUCUGGCUGCUGUUAAAGAGAGUGUUAACAGCAGUUAUAUUUUUGUUAAACAAUUCACUUAAAAUGUACAGUUAAUUCUUAUGGGGAACAGUCAGUCCCUGGAACAGAAGUGUAUGUAGUUUCCAUGUGUGACAUUAAUGGAGAGGAUGGACUUCCCACUUUCCUCACACAGAAAGUUUUAAUUGGUGAUGUAGUGUUUUGCAAUCCUCUUGAUGAUAUUGGCAAAGAGAUUGAUCCAUGGGCUACCUAUGAGAAGUUGAGUAAUCUGUGUGUUUAGGGUGGGAAGAAAAGCAGUGGUAACCUUACCUUAAGUUCCAAUAGAUCAAUUCUCUCUAGAGAUUGUCAUACAUUCCUUUUAAUGAGAAUUGGAUGUAAGAGGUACAUUUGGUCAAUAUUCAAGUGGCAUAAUUUGUGGUGCUUCUCCAUUUGUUGCAAAAUAAGUCUUGGAAAUCAAAAUCAAAACUUUAGUUUCUCAGGAUAUUUGAAUGAGAUUGUAGCCAUAAAUAUUAUAAUUCAUGUAAAACAUUUUUUUAUAAAGUGAAGUGAUUUGGUCUGAA